AUGGCGAUGAUGAUGGCUGGCCGUGUGCUGCUGGUGUGUGCCCUCUGCGUGCUGUGGUGCGGUGCCUGUGGGGUUUAUGCGAGGGACCGCGACAACAGCGCAGUGGGUGGCUGCAUGGCGUCAGGAGUGUUGGAUACGAGAAGAUUGUAUAUGCCAAGAAGAUGUAACAAAACUGCUGUUACGCUGCCUUUGCGGCAUGUCUUUCCCAUUUCUGCCGUUGGAGCCUCGACUGACGGACAAGUUUCUGGUAAAAUUGAUGGUGGUUUGUUUCCAAUUCCGGCACCAGCACUACCACCAGCGCCAAAUACACCGAAAGCUCCAGAAGCCCCAACAUCACAUGGCGUGAGUCAACCUGCUGUUGGUGUUCAUUCUGGUGAUGGAACCCCUUCGCUUCAUAUUCCUAAUGUUGACAGUUCUGUCGGUGGCGGUUCUGGACAAAGUGGCAAUUCUAACGGAAGUGUAGUUUCCGUUAUGGAGCCGCCUUCUACUGUUGUUGUUAUUUCUCCAUCCUCCGUUUCCCCUGAAGUUGAUGGUUUACAGAACAAAGACGGUCCGCCCUCUAAUCUGAAAUUGGGAUCUCCAGCAAUAAGUGUAGAGUCAGGAAAAAUCCUUGUAGGGCACAACGGGGAGACAGAAAAGGAUUCAACCCCCGAUGAUGGUCCAGAGUCCUCUCGUAUACAAGAAGAAACAGAAUCUCGAGCUACGACUGAGGAAGCACGUGGAAGCGAAGCGGGGCAGAGUGGAGUGGGGACGAACGGCCCUUCCAACGUGUUGUCUACCGAAAGCCAACAGCAAAAUCGAGAAACAACAGUAACAGAAACAAAACCACCACCACCGUCGCCAGGAAAACAAAUACCGGCAGUAUCAUUACCACCGGGAGUAGAUGCACCUGCAGCUCUCUCACCAGGGCCCCAAGCAUCAUCACCGGAACCAUCACGAGCAGCGGAAGAUCCAGAAGAAGAGAAAAGAAUCCUACCAGCAACAACAGCUUCACAUAAUUCAAAAGGAGAAACGCACAAAGCGUCAUCCUUACGAACCGAAACGGUGUCCGCGGCACCGAAACCGCCUUCACCGGAUGUCGUGCUUGAGCAAAACAGCGAAGGCACAGUCACAAAGGAUGCGAUGAAGACGGAUGCAUAUACGGAUGGCCCAGCGGCAACAUCAGAAUCAUCUAUCUCCACAAGUGACAGUGGUGUUGUUCAGGAUAAGACGGAAGAGGAGGAUGACAAUGAACAACGGCGUGAAGCCAAAGGACCGCACAAUGACCCCCAUGCCGGAAAUACCAACGAUGCUCCUACAGCCAGUGUUACAGCAGCAGAAACAGUGAAAACGAUUACCACCCAAACAAAUACUACAUCUAAGUCUGGCGACAGUGACGGCAGCACCACGGCCUCCCACACCACUUCCCCUCUUUUGCUUCUUCUUUUUGUUGUUGCGUGUGCGGCUGCUGCUGCGGUGGUGGCCGCGUGA